AUGUAUAUGUACUCAUUAACAAUCGCAAUGUCACAAUUAAGUCAAAAGACGCUGACUUCAUUUUUUAUUAAAACUGCAACAACAACAACGACAGCAACAACAACAAAUUUGAGCUCUCCAAAAUCUCCAGUACUGCAAGGAGAACAAAAAAGAAAGCUUUCUUCAUCGGUAAAUGAUGAUGAUAACGCUACUGAUAUACCCUCAAAAAUUUUAUGCACUGAUGAAAAUAAAUCUGAUGUCAUACCAGUGACCAAAUCAGAUGAAUCUUCUUUAAAGCCAUCCUCUCAAUCUGGAAGUACUCCAUUACGUCCAAUAGGCAAUGUAAAAAGUUUAAAAGACCUUUUGGGACUUAAUACUAAUGCUACUACUACUACUACCGCUAAUAAUAGUAAUAAUAAAACUUUUAAUCAAAAAGUUGCUGAUUGUCGUAAAAGGCUUUCUUCUCGAUCCAAUCUAAAUGUACUUCGAUUAAUUGAAGGCAUGUCAACUGAAUGGUUUGCUAUAUUACUAGACGAAAUUGAAAAUAAUAAAUUUCAACAAUUAGCAGAUUUUAUUACACAUGAACGUAACAAUCGUGUAACCGUUUAUCCACCUAAUGAACAAAUUUUCUCAUGGACUAAAUUAUGCCUACCAGAAGAUAUACGAGUUAUAAUCUUAGGACAAGAUCCAUAUCAUGGACCUAGACAAGCGCAUGGUUUAGCCUUUUCUGUAUGUCGACCUGUACCUGCACCACCAAGUCUUAUCAAUAUGUUUAAAGAGAUUGGUUCAAGUAUGAAUUUAUCAAAUUCUGAUAAUUGGCCACCAAAACAUGGUGAUUUAACUGGUUGGGCUAAACAAGGUGUACUUUUAUUAAACGCUGUAUUAACUGUACGCGCUUCAAUGCCUAAUUCGCAUAAAGAUAAAGGUUGGGAGUCUUUAACAGAUGCUGCUAUACGUUAUUUAGCUAAAAAGAGAUCGAAUCUAGUUUUCAUGCUAUGGGGUGCUAAUGCUCAGAAACAAGGUCAAACAAUUGAUCGUAAUCGCCACUUAGUGUUGAAUGCACCGCAUCCAUCACCUUUGUCUGCAAGUCGUGGAUUUUUCGGUUGUGGUCAUUUUGUCAAAGCAAAUGAAUAUUUGAAAAAGCAUGGAAUGAAGCCAAUUGAUUGGACAAAAUUAGACUGA